CCUUCUUCUCCUUCAUUUUUCUUCUUCGAUCAGACGCCAAAACACAUCAGAAGCCCUAGAGCUUGAGCCGUCGAAAAUGUCGAAGCGAGGACGUGGAGGAACGUCUGGUAACAAAUUCAGGAUGUCACUUGGUCUGCCUGUUGCAGCCACAGUUAACUGUGCUGACAACACAGGUGCUAAGAACCUUUACAUCAUUUCGGUUAAAGGAAUCAAAGGUCGUCUCAAUCGGUUACCUUCUGCUUGUGUUGGUGACAUGGUUAUGGCCACUGUCAAGAAAGGUAAGCCAGACCUCAGGAAAAAGGUUCUUCCUGCUGUGAUUGUUAGGCAACGUAAGCCAUGGCGCCGAAAGGACGGUGUUUUCAUGUACUUUGAAGAUAAUGCGGGAGUGAUUGUGAAUCCUAAGGGAGAAAUGAAAGGUUCUGCAAUCACUGGACCCAUUGGGAAAGAGUGUGCAGAUCUCUGGCCAAGGAUUGCUAGUGCUGCUAAUGCCAUUGUCUAAGUCAAGAUCAUCUAUCACUUUUGCUGGUUAUGUAUCUAUGAUACUCGAAAUAGUUGAUGUUUUGGGUGUUUUAAGUAGAGAGACAACAAUCUUUUGUGAGCUUCAGACAAAUUUCAGUCUCGUGUUUCUAAAAGAUUUUGCUUAGUUUUUCCAGUUUCUGGUUUUACUUUAAUGGAAAUCAUUUGAUCUGAUUCUGAGGGUUUAAAAGCUUUUACUGUUGAUUGAAUUGUGUAAAAAUUGAAGGUAGUGUGCAGAACUGUAGAAGAAACUCUCUAAUACAAAACCAGAAUAUCA